ACCUCUGGAAACCCGCGGGCGGGCAGGAAGGCGGUUGCGUCUGAAGUCUGGCAGGAGUGAAGAGAAGUUGGGAUGAGCGGGAAGGAAGGUGCUUCGGUUCAGCCCCGGAGCACGUCUUCAGCCCCAGGGACCAGCUCCGAGGCUGGAUUUUUUAGGUGGAAGUACUCCAGUCCAUGCAUGACCAUGUCACCAUCCAAAGAGGCCCUUGUGGGUUCUACAAUAGCCUUGUCCCAUCCUGGUGUCUGUGAAGAACUAAGCAAGUCAUUUCCCUGGAUAAACAAGAAAAGGAAGAGUGGGCUUUCCAGGCUCUGCAAGAAGAAAACAUCUUUGUCAGAAAAUGGAUGGAGUUCCUUUUGCUUAUCUUCGUUAGCUGCCCAGAACAUCUGUGCUAGUAAAUUUCACAACACUUGGACUCAUUUGGAAAACAAUUCCCUUUCUUGCUCGAUAUGCAGUACCUCUUCAUGUUCUCUCUUAAACGCUCUGACUUUGGAAGAAUCCAUCCAGGCUCUGGCAACUGCUGUGCGCAACCCAAACAAAGCUGUUUUCACUGUGGAUGUCAGAACAACUGAGAUUCUAGUUGCAAAUGACAAAGCCUGCAAGCUUCUUGGUUACAGUACUCAGGAGGUGAUUGGCCAGAAAUUAUCUCAGAUGAUUUCAAAAUCCAAUUGGGAUAUUAUGGAAGCACUGAAGAAAGACCAUGAUGAUGCUGAAUAUGAAGCAGUAGUUCCUGGAACUGUGGUAGAUGUUAUUUCCCAUAGCAAUGAAAAGAUCCCAGUUUCUGUAUGGAUGAGAAGAAUGAAAACCCAUUGCAGUCAGUACUGUGUGGUGGUUUUGGAGCCUGUGGAAAGACUUUCUGCCUCUGUUUUCUUCACAAGCAGAGGAGAGAUUACUUCCUGUGACCUGCUUUUUGCUCAUCUCUAUGGUUAUGCCUCAUCGGAAGAAGUGGUUGGUCACUACAUAACAGACAUGAUUCCAUCUGUUCAAAUUCCUAUACCUGGCAAGAAAAUACCAAAGAAUAUCAAAAUUCAGAGAUCUGUUGGCCGAGCAAGAGAGGGGACAACAUUUCCUCUCAGCCUGAAACUGGAGGUUAACUUACCUGUUGAAGACAUCGUCCCUGUACCAGAUAAGCCUGCACCAGAAUCUGAUGCUGAAAUUUUAGAAGAUGACACCAGCACCACCUCCCCUGUAGAUUGUUCUUUCCGUGCUUCCAUCUGGGUGUUCACCACCAUCAGCGGACUAAUCACUGUUCAAGCGGAUGGUACAAUUUAUGGAAUCAACAAUACGUUUUCUCUAAUGCUCUUUGGUUAUGAGAAAAAGGAGCUGCUAGGGAAGAACAUCACAUUCUUGAUUCCUGGUUUUUAUAAGUACAUGGAUAGAGUUGAUAAUUCCUCUUUGCAACUCCCACAAUCUAGAGAAAGUUAUGAUGUGGACGCAGAAAAUGUGAGCUCCUCUGGGGGCUUCAAAGGAACCGAGGUAGAUGGCUGUGGUACGGUGGAAGGAAGCGAAGGCACUCGCCCACUCCUUGCUGGAGAUGUGGCUUUGCUGCAAGAGCAACAGGAUUUAGCAAGGAGUGAUGGAGCAGAACUCUGUACCAGGAAGGAAACCCGGCCAAAGAGUGGGAGUAGCUUGUGUUCUGUUCUGUUAUCCUCCCCAGAGGCAGCUGCAGCACUGAAUGGCAGGGGCUAUACACCUUCCAGCGAUGUGCUGGCCCGUGAUGAUGUGCUGCCUUCCGGGAGUCGAUGUGAUGGAGGCUGCGCUGAGACUAUAAAACCUGCUAACUGUCAGCAGUACGAAGCAUGUUCUCCCAAACGGUUUCAUUCAGAACAGUGUGUGUUGAAAGGUAGCACUAAAGUGCGAGGCAGAAACCUUAUCUGGUGCACAUCUGAGGAAGAAGAUGGGCCAUCGGAUAUGCGUGAUUCUGGUUCACAUGAAAUAACGAAGUGCCGAUCUGCCACUACAAUGAGUAGUGAUGGAGUAGAGUUCCAUACCCAGCUGGACAGAGCGGGUGGCCUGCCUUCUGUUGCGUCAUCUCUCCCAGAGUCAGUCACACCAGUGAAUGGCAGGGACUGUGCGUUGGUCCAUAAUGAAGCACUGCCUUCUGAGAAUUUACAGGAUGGAGGCUGCCCUGAGACAGAGGCUGCAAAACUAAACGACUGCCAGCAGAACAAAAUACAUUCUCCUAAACGAUUUCAUUCUGAACCAUGCAUGUUGGAAGGUAGAACUAAACUGAGAGAGAAGAAUCUUGCCAGGUGCACAUCUGAUCUAGUUCAUAAAGAAGAAGAUGACCCUUUGGAGAUACACAGUUCUGGUUCACCACAUGAAGUCAUGAAGUGCCAUUAUGCUACUACGUCUUCAGAAAGAGAGAAUUUUUUCAUGGGUGAUCAGACUUCUGUGACAUGCUUCUUAGAAGAGGAUUUAGGGCUUGGGGCAAGUGUGACUUGUGAUGCUGUGCAGGUGUCCUGUGGGACUCCCACACUGGAUGAGCCCAUGUGUAGCAAACAAGUGUCGUGUUCCAAACACACUCACAGGAUGAUAGAUGAGCUGCCAACAGUAAAUCUGACAAGUAGUAGAAAGAGCUUAAGGUUUGAAAAUACUGAACUAGAAAAUUCAGCAAAGGAUUCAUCAGCCUUGUUACCUGAUGAAAGGAGCAGCAGCCCUCCUGUUUCAGCAGGAUCAUCAAUACCUUGUGAUGUCUCUGCACUGGAAAUUGUGGAUAGUAAGAAGCCAAGUGAUGAGGUUGAUUCUGUUUGCUGUGGUUUGAUGGACCUGACCUUGAGGAUUAGUGGAGAGGUGAAUUCAGACUUCUCUGCUGCCUCUAGACCAAUAAAGCUUUCAUUGUUAAGCAAGGAAGAUCUUGAGCGGCCCAUGGACCAGGAAAUUAAUACUUCUGUAAGUGAUCAGAUAGACUCCCUACUGUGUGACGGUUCUCCAAUAGGCCAUCGGAAGGGCUUACUCUCUAGCAAGCAUUCAGAGUAUGUGAACCUCGACUUCUCUACAUGCUGUGCUUCAGAGGACAAAAGUGUUGCAGAGAGAAUGGGGGAACAUUUAGAAGGAUGUUCACUGUUACAGUCCCAGGAAGAUCUCAUGCCGUUAAUGCAGCAGAGCAUGGCACAGUUAACAUCAACUCCUGUGAAACAAGAAGCUGUACGGUCCUCAGCAAUUACUUUGAACAGCGAGAUCCUGGAAGGCAACUAUUCGGGUAACUGCUACCACAGAGAUGGUUCUCGACUUGGUAUACUCUUUGAAGUGAAACGUGUGGAACUGCAUGACCCUGCUGCCCUCUUCUGCAUUUGGGUUAUGAGAGACCACUUUCAGAGUCGGAAACAAGCAGCAGCAAAAACACAGUUCUUACUUUCCAGUUUGGCCAGUUCCUCCCCAAACCUAAGUGACGUCUCUGCACUUAGUUUGGCAGAAUUGAUCAAAGCAACCCCUGUGUUCGAGAAUUCACGAAGAGCUGAAGAACUAGAAAGACUGAGGGCUUGCGAGGGAGACUAUGGAAAGAAAUAUGACACACUUACACUCAUUGGCAGAGGAGCGUUUGGAUUUGUCUGGACAGCCAGGUGCAAAACGGAUUGCAAGGAGGCUGUAGUGAAGUUCAUUUGGAAAGGGAAGGUACUGGACUACUGCUGGGUAGACGAUCCUGAGCUGGGGAGAGUUACUCAAGAGAUUAUAAUUCUGAGAAAGCUGCAGCACCCUAAUAUUAUUAAGGUGCUAGAAGUAUUUGAGAACCAGCAGUUCUUCCAGCUGGUGAUGGAGAGACAUGGGUCAGGCCUGGAUCUCUUCACAUUCAUUGAUAACCAACCUAAUUUGGAUGAGCCUUUGGCAAGCUACAUAUUCAGACAGCUGGUGUCUGCAGUAAACUAUUUGCGCUGUAAGAACAUCCUUCACAGAGAUAUCAAGGAUGAGAACAUUAUAAUUGCUGAAGAUUUCACUAUCAAGCUCAUAGACUUUGGCUCAGCUGCUUACCUGGAGCCUAACAAGUUGUUCUAUACCUUUUGUGGGACAAUUGAGUACUGCUCACCAGAAGUGCUCUCGGGAAACCCGUACUUGGGACCAGAACUGGAGAUGUGGUCACUUGGUAUAACUCUUUAUACCAUAGUCUUUGGAGAAAAUCCUUUUUGUGAGCUGGAAGAAACUAUGGAUGCUAUACUAAGACCUCCUUACAAAGUGUCGGAUGACCUGAUGAAUCUGCUGACUGGGCUCUUGCAGCCUUUUCCAGAGGAUCGUACAACUCUAGAAGUGGUAGUGGAGGAUCCUUGGGUGACACAACCCCUGAACCUUGCUAACUACUCAUGGGAGGGAGUAUAUGUCUCUGCCAAGCCAGAAAACAACCAUUUCAAAAUGAAUUCCUCUGGCUGCAGCCAUGGUAGCAUCUGGGCAGUCCCAAGUCUGGAGAGUGAGCAGAGCCUUAGUGAUGACACCAGUAAUUAUGAGCUGAUGGAUCCCCAGCUGACAGGAGUCACUGCUGCCUCAGGGCAAGAGCCAUCUACCUCUGCAGCUCAAGGGCCAUCUACCUCUGUACUUCCUUGAAGAAUAUUUCCUCACUCACCUGCAAGUCCUUACAAAAAUGCCCC